ACGUGAACACACAACAGCAGUGUCCAAUCAGCUGGUAAAUCAUAAAACCGCCCGCCCGCCUCUUUCUAUUUACUCUUCCGUUGAUUUAAAUUGGACUUUUAUGUGCGUUGUUUAUACGUUCGUGAAUACAUUUUACAAACGUGAGAUAGUUGAGCUUAAUGCCAUUAAUAACAAAGUGAUACUUCGAUAAAAAGUAUAAUAUGAUUUGAUUUUCCGACCUUCGAAGUUAACCCAAAAGUAAUGUCGCCAUUUUGACCAUACAAAUCGAGUUUAGUAGGUAUUAUUAUUUUGUUUGGUCAUCAACAAAUGUUUAAAUGCUACAUUAGUGAAUUUCGUAAAUGGAUGUUUAUUUGCGAGGAAUACGGAGAAAAUGUCUCAGACGAAUAGUACUGUAAAUUUUCUUAUACAUGACGCUAAUGGGCAUCCUCAAAUGGUAAAAGUUGUUCAGAAUACAAAUAAUCAGUCAGUUGCUCAAAUCAAAAUUAAGCCCAAUCCUGUGAAAAUCAUAAAACUGCCAGCAACAGCUGAAGGAAAUUUAAAGACAUCAGUAUACAGAGCAGUGAAACUGACUGGCAUUAAAUGUGCAUCAAAGUUCCUGCAUGUGGAUAAUAUAGCAAAUUUGCAAAAAAUUAAAGUUGAGCCAAAGGAAGUUGAAGAAAUUCAGAUAAAACAGGAACCACUUACGGAACUGAAAUAUCUUCAUACUGUGCCGGAACGCAGCUCAACACCAUCAAAAUCUGAGGGCCAGGUAACAAGCACUAGCACUGCUAACAGCUUGUCUCCUACUAUGUCUCAUGCCUCGAGAAGGAGACACGAUUCUGACAAUGAUCCCCCGGCAGAAUAUACCACUAAGCGACGUAAACAUGCAGACAAGGUUGGCAAAGGUUUGAGGCAUUUCUCAAUGAAAGUUUGUGAAAAGGUCCGAAACAAAGGCUUCACCUCAUACAACGAAGUUGCUGAUGAAUUAGUUCUAGAAUUUGCAGCAGGCAUGCACGGUUCAGCAGAUAGCCAACAAUAUGAUCAGAAGAAUAUCCGCAGAAGAGUAUAUGAUGCAUUAAAUGUAUUAAUGGCAAUGAACAUAAUAUCUAAAGAAAAGAAGGAAAUACGAUGGCUUGGACUCCCAACAAAUAGUGUGCAAGAAUGUACUGCAUUAGAAAAGGAAAAGCAAGCUAAGUUAGAGCAGAUUCAAAAGAAAACACAACAGUUACAGGAGCUCAUAUUACAGCACAUUUCAUUUAAGAGUUUAAUAGAAAGAAAUAAAGAAGCAGAGAGCAAAGGAGUCAAACCAUCUCCAUCUUCAGCUAUCCAUUUGCCAUUCAUUGUUGUGAAUACUAGUGAUAAAGCUUUAAUUGACUGCAGUAUUUCUAAUGAUAAGACAGAAUAUAUGUUCAAUUUCAACAAAAGGUUCCAAAUACACGAUGAUAUCGACAUUCUAAAAAGAAUGGGACUUCUGUUUGGGUUAGAUAAGGGAGAAUGUUCAGAAGAAGAUAUUGAGAGAGCAAAAAGUAUGGUCCCCAAAUCCUUAAAGACAUAUGUAGAACAAAUGGGCAGAGGAGUGAUAACAAAACUUUCAACAAUGCUCGAAGAAGAGGAGCUGGAAGAUGAGGCGGGUGAUGAGGAGGACGCGAUAGAAGCGGAGGCAGAAGCCGAGGAGGAGCACGAGGAACCCGACGCCAACGACUACAGCGACGACAGCAGCGACGUCGACGUGUAGUCCGCACCGCCCCGCGAACAUCACUACGUUCAUAUAAACUAGGUGUUACUGUUGCAUGUCGGCUAACUUUAUGUAAUACGCCACAUAAGUUCAAACAUUAUAUUAGCUUAAAACAUAUUUUGACACAAUGUAAUAAUUUAAUAUUAUAAAACAAUUCCAAUUAUACAAAUAUGAUUUUAAUGUUUGUAAUAUAAUACAAUUAUUAAACAUUUUGAUCGUCAUUAAUCAUAAACAUCUUUUUCUUGCAUAUUAGGUUACAAUCAGCUCUCAUCUCCAAUUUAAGGUUCGAUAAUUAGUGACCAUAUAAAAACUGGCGCAUGUAAAAAUGCUUAACUUAUUUUUCUUAAUGUGUGGAUGUAAUAAAAUAAAUUUAGCUUGAAA